UUUGUUUGUAGCUAUGGCGCGGCACAGGCCGCCUUCUUUCUCUAUGCUGCGAGAAAUGCACGUCCACAAUCGGAAGAAGCUGCAAAACGCGAUGGCGGAGAAGCUCGAAUCGAUCGGCCAGCGCCUUGCUGGUGUAGUUCUUCUCCAGGGGGGAGAAGAGCGCUACAGAGAUUGCACUGAUCACCUCGAGCUCUUCAGGCAAGAGAGUUUUUUUGCGUACUUGUUUGGAGUCAGAGAACCGGGAUUUUAUGCUGCCAUUGACAUUGCCACCGGCCAGUCGAUUUUAUUUGUUCCUCGGUUGGAUCCAGAUUAUGCUGUCUGGCUUGGAGAAAUUCACCCUCCAUCUUUCUUCAAGGAGAAAUACGGGGUGGAUGCUGCUUACUACGUCGAUGAGAUGGUUUCUGUCCUUCGAAAAUUUGACGCUUCGCUCUACUUGCUGCAUGGUCUUAACACGGAUAGCAAUAGAUACUGCAAGCCUGCGACGUUCCAAGGAAUAGAAGGAUUCGAGCAGGACACCAAAGUUUUACAUCCUGUUUUAAGCGAAUGCCGUGUUAUCAAGUCGGAACUAGAACUCGAGCUCUUGCGAUAUGUCAAUGAAGUUAGCUCUGCGGCUCAUGUCAAGGUAAUGCGCUCGGCUCAGCCCGGUUUAAAGGAGUACCAGCUUGAGAGUACCUUUCAGCAUUACUGUUACAUGGAAGGCGGCUGUCGAGAGUGCUCCUAUACAUGCAUAUGUGCCACUGGCGAGAACAGUGCUGUUUUACAUUAUGGACAUGCAGCAGCCCCUAAUGACCAGAUUGCAAGUGAUGGAGCUAUGGCGCUUCUAGACAUGGGUGCUGAAUACCAUUUUUACGGUUCGGAUAUAACAUGCUCAUUUCCUGUGAACGGGAAGUUUACAGAAAAACAACGAUUGAUCUAUACAGGAGUCCUGGAGGCUCAGAAGGCUGUUAUCUCCAAAAUGAAGCCUGGAAUCAGUUGGGUAGCGAUGCACAAGCUUGCUGAGACGAAGAUCUUGGAAGCACUGAAAACUGCAGGCUGUCUAAAAGGCAAUGUAGAAGAUAUGAUGGAAAACAGGCUGGGAGCGGUGUUUAUGCCGCACGGUCUCGGUCAUUUUCUUGGAUUGGAUACUCAUGAUCCAGGUGGCUACCCGCAGGGCAUGUCAAGGAUCAAUGAACGAGGUCUUGUGUCCUUACGAACAGUUCGAACUUUGGAAGCUGGCAUGCUGAUCACCGUGGAGCCAGGCUGCUACUUUAUAGACGCGGUGCUGGACCCAGCUCUGGAAGACCCGGUUCUCUCCAGGUUCCUAAACAGAGAAGCCAUCGACAAGUUUAGAGGCUUUGGUGGAGUGCGACUCGAAGACGAUGUGAUUGUGACUUCCGAUGGCUGCGAAAACUUGACAAACUGUCCGCGCGAGAUUUCGGACGUGGAAGACGUCAUGGCUGGAGGACCUUGGCCUCGCACCUGAUAGAGAGCGCGCAUGUAAGAAGAAAGCAAACGAAAAAGAAAAUUUACAACCAGGUAUCACAGUG